CGUUCAGGUGUGCAUCGUGGAUGCUGACGGGAUUUUGUAGGUGGCUGCUAGCAACCAGAUUCUCGUACUACCGGUGUGGGGAUAACUGGAGCUUCGGUUUAAGUCAAGUGUAUCGUGUCGGGACGAAGCAGUACACUGUUUCAUUGCGAAGUGCGUGCAUCAGGUACAUUUGCAUCAGUACUUCAGGACGUAGAUCCCUGUGGAUCGACACACGGAACUUUGAGAAGAACGGAAAUUCAUCGAUCGAAUAACACGAAAGAAGACUUCUCAAUCAUUCCAAUAACAUUCUUGCUCAUUAAUGCGUUAAGGCAGAAGAUAUGCAACUUUACGCUAUCGCUCUUAUAACAUGGACGACAAUCGUAACAACGUCCACAGAAUCUAACGUCGCGAAUUUCAGUAACGGAAAGGAUACCAGUUACACAGAAUUUCACGAUUCGUCGGUGGAGCAGAUAGUGCAGCCCUACGUGGCGCACAGUACAAAUGAGAAAAGCUCUGAACAGAUCCAGACCAAGAAUCGUUCCGACAAUGCCACAAACGACGGUCCUGUUGGAUUAAGUAGAUCAGUGACUCGCGCGGAGAGCGCGAGCGGAUCGAAUGGCGUUUCUACGAUCGAUCCCGCCUCCUUGGGAGAAUCGGCUUACGCGACGCCGCUCACAGAGAUGACCGGUGGAUACCCGUUUCAAGAAAGUCCCGGCAGCGAGUCCAGAUAUGCGAUACCUGAGGAUGUGCUCCUCGUAGAAAGCGCAGGCACUUUCGGACAAAGAGUUCGUCAAAUUCCACCGAGUGGACGGACAAUCGCCGGACGAACACUUGUCAAAACCAGCGACAAUCCACCAAGUGACGAAUACGUGAGUUUCCGAAAGUCCAUCAGCAGUACCGUAUCGCCCCUCAAAGAGGAGGAUAACCAAAAAAAAAUCCACGUAUCAACUACGUGGAAGCCAUCAGUGCCCACCUUAAAAAAGAAAAGUAUUUUACCCGAUAAUUCGCCAUUUGAUAAUCUUGGGAAAACAAUCAGACUUGACUUAUCCGUAAAGGAUCUCGAUGAAAAUUCUCGUCCCAGGAGUUCAUUGAGUGGGACGAACGGUGCUUCAAUUCUCGAGAAUGACGUUGUACCCGAACACCUCUCGAAGUCGCAAGCACGAUUAUCUCGAACGCGCAAUGCUACCGAGGAUACCUCGAAGAAAAUUAUGGUGGUAUCUAAAAACUCAGAGAGCGUCGCGACGUCAACGUCCGUGGAGAUCAGUCCUUCUUUACAGCUGAGCAAGUUUUCAGGUCCUAUCAUAGUACCUGACUUGCCCGUGCAAAAGGCUCAAGACUCGACGAUUGAUUAUAUAGGCAAAAACAGUUUGUCAGAAGCAUUCAGACCGCUGGAGGACGCUGAUUCAGUCUUGGAGACCAACAUCAGAAGUUCAAAAACGGCAGUGUCUAACGAUAUAACGGCCUCUUCCCUCAUGCUAAAUCCUCUGCAGGUCGGUAUCACGCUAGUAAAUGCCGUCGAGACCGGCAGUCUGAUGGAUGACAGCGAGCUUUCCGCUGCGACAGAAACAAAAGACUAUUUCCGGGAUGACUUGCAGCAGCGUUCGGUGAGCGAUGAGCUCGUUGAGAACAAAGGAAACCACUCGGACGUCACAUAUAAGGACGAGAACAUUCAAAGCGACGAAGGAGAGAGGGCGAUCGAGGUCGUCACGCAGAGAGCACCGGAUAAUUCCGUCGAGAUUCAAAAAUCCAUCGAGCUGUAUCAUACCGCACCGGUGCACGAGAUCCAUUAUCCUGUAGAAUACAUCCAACAGACCACGAAUCUUGGUGUCAUCGAAACAAACAGCAUCGGAAACGCGCAGAAAUUGAGGCAGCCGUACGAUCAGGAAUCGCGACUGAAUUACGACGUUUAUCAAGGUAACGACGCUACCGAAAAGUCCAUCAUUAAGGGGCAAGCAGCUUCCGUGUUCUCGCAGCAGUUCAACCGUCAGGAGUACAACGUUCUCGAGGACGACGUCGGUAAACCGACGGCUUCAGCUUUGAUUGCGGAAUACACGUCAAAUACACAGGAGCAUAUACCCGUCGACAAUCUCGAAUCGCAGCCGCAACAGUAUAAUGAAGCAAGGCCUGCGCUGUUGGUCGCAAAUCAGUUCGACGACGCAUUAUAUGAGCAAUCUAACGCGUAUCACACGCUGAACAAUAAAAAUAACGACACGCCUCUGCACACUGCGCUCAUCGAAAGUCCCACAAGGCAUGAAGCAAUGGGCGAAUUUGUAAAACCAUACGUAACAACGUCUGUACCGUAUCGAGAACAGCAGACGUCAUCGAUGAGUCAGCCGAUUGAUCAGCAUCCGUUCCGAUUGCAACCAGAAGUGAGGAGACCACAAGAGCUGCCUACUCAGCUCCUCCUCAAGAUCAUCCCCAACGGGUCACCGAACGCGGGAUUCUUGGUGCCUAUCCCACGACCUUAUCCGAUCGAAAAGAUCGUCGAGAAGACCAUCCAUGUGCCGCAUCCGAUCGAGGUAGAGAAAGUGAUCGAAAAAAAGGUGCAGGUGCCGGUGCUGGUGCCGCAACCGUAUCCUGUGCACGUACCAGUCGACCGGUUGGUAGAGAAGCAGAUCCGCGUGCCGCACCUCUAUCCAAUUCAAUUUGAGCGCGUGAUCGAGAAGAGGGUGCCGUACACGGUGCAACGGCUAGUUGUGCAACCUGCAUCGCCAUAUCCGCUGCAUCUGAAGUCACCCGCGGCUUAUCCGGCACAAGUAGGGCCACCAAUUGACCGACCAGCGCAUAUAGCGAUACCAAUUGAGCGACCGACGCAUGUAACGGCGUCGUCGUCAUUCGUAGAACAUUCGACGCAAGUGGCGCCAGCGCCAAUCGAAAAGACCGCGGAAAAACUGGUGACUGGAUCAUCGCGACCUAUUCGACCAUAUCAUACGGAUCCUGAUCAGGACGGUUCGAUUGAAACGAGAUACAAAUAUCAACAGAGACCGCGCGAACCAAUUUUUGCCAACGAAAACGUGGAUCCUGGAUACAGUGGCUCCGUCGCGUUUGAAUCCCAAUUAAACGCUUCGCAGUUCUACGGUGAUCCCUAUGUUAGAUCCCCGUUCGCGAACGAUCACAGGCCGCUCGAUGACGGCAAGCAUCAUAUUCCUGCGACGGCGCAUCUGUCAGGUAAUGUCCGACUGAUGAUAGUGCCGAAGAAGUUCGGUGCUCAUCAUACAGUGCUGUUGCGACCGCACGUGUCCACACCGUCAUACCCAAUGCUACCAGUGACCUUCAGACGACAGAUCAUGUAUAAUCUAGUGGAGAAGGACAAGCCGACUAAAGACGAGUACGCAGGCCCGCUACCACCGCGCAAAGUCUUCGUUUCGCAGACCAAGCCGCUUCUUCCUGCUGCAAAACCGUCCUUGUAUUCCACGAGCGUCACGCAGUCGCCGGCGACGAUCACUGGUGGUCUGAGAAGGACCAGACAACCGGAAACACAGUAUCCCGGUAGUUUCAGGCAAUCGAAGAUGGAGUACGGCUUCAAACCGCCCAUGGUACCGUCCGUCCAAUACGACGAAAAGACCGGUAGUAAAGUGGAAAAUUAACGCGACGAUAAUGAUCAAGAACGAAUUUAUGUAGAAACUACCCAAGUAGGAAUUUACUACUGGCAUCAAAGUGGCCUAGUACCGAUUUAUGGUAAACGUUACUAGCAUAGUACCAAAUGUCAGUACGGCUUUAGUAUUGGUAUGAUACUGGGAUGAUAGAGAAAAGGGCCAGUAUCGGAAAACAGUACUACCACAGUACCGAAAAUCAGUACUGUAUCAGUAUAAAAAAAAGUAUUGAUUCCUAAUACUAGGGAAGUACCUAUUCCCAGUACUGGGGCCAGUAUCGAUUCCUAGUAAUUUUUAUUAUUUGUACAAUUGUUAAUAUCACAACUAUAUAGUAUAGAAAGAAAGAUCAAACCAUGGCCGGGCUUGCUCUCGUUUGCACCUAUACAUGUUUAUUUUUAAUAGACAUAUGAGGAAAAAAUCUUCGAGGCGACGGCUGGAAUCGAACUUGAGUUUUCCGCUUGUCAGGCAAGCGUUUUUACCACUGAGCUAUCUAGGUUUUGUUUUCGGUACCGGCAUAAUACUGGCUCAAUAUCCUCUAUUGGUAGAUUGUAUACAAUUUUUACUUGAGUAUCCAGUACUGAUUCUAUGUACAGGGCCAGUACCAAUAAUACAGCUUUUUUAAUACUGGGCCAGUA